UAAUGGUCCGAUGUGCCUAUAAGAAUUUUAAGUAGAAUACAGUGAUAUUUUUGGCACGUCAUUGAAUAUUUUUUUAACCUACAAUGGUAGACUAAUAUUAUCGUAUUGUUAGUUUGUGAUUGCGGUUACAAUCGGUGACGUGGGAUUCAACCCUGACAAUAAAUCCUAGAAAAGGGAUUUGCAACUUUUGCAACCGGAAUUUACUGUAUUGUUCGUUUUCAUCAGACUGUACUAGUAUUUGUUUGGAUACAUCAAAACAAUGUCGUCGAUUCUAGUUGUUGUGUUCUUAUUUAAGUGCUGUUUGCUCGACUCCAUAACAGCAGCGGCUGUUCUUCAAACUCCGGACAACUUCACCGGAUUAACUGGUAACGAUGUUACAUUAAGCUGUCAGUUUGUUGAUUUGCUUAACAUACAGAUCGUUUGGUUUCAUAAAGAUUCAAACGAGAUAUUAACACGGGAUUCUGCACUCGCAACAACGAAUGCCGACAAACGGAUGAGGUACACGCUUACCGUUGACGAUAAUGAAUGGUAUAACUUAACCAUACGAAAUCUUAGCUACGCCGAUGAAGGGGAAUAUGACUGUGGAUAUGCGGAUAAUCGUGGAGACGGGAGCGCAAACGUGUACCUUGCUUCUGCCUUCAUCGAUGUCAUAACUAAGCCCAGUUCUCCUGUCUGCAAUAUAGUUUACGCAAGUACCAUCAUAUUCCCAGUCAUAGGAAGCAGCGUGUCACUUGAAUGUUCGGCGGCGGGGGGAGACCCUAACCCACACAUCACAUGGUUCAGGGGUGAGGUAGUCAAUUCCAAUAUGACAGAAGUGGAUACGUUGGAUCUACAGCUAACCCUUCAAGAACCUGAUCGCGGAGAAACGUUCCGUUGCGAGAUUGACAUUCCAGUGUUAGAUAUUAAAGAAUCAUGUCAAGUCAUACCAUUCCCCAUAGAACCAAUUAUUGAUAUAAUUCCUGAUGGGUUAGUGAAGUUUGGCACCUAUGUUAAGUUUAACUGUAGUGCUGUUGGAGAUCUCCCACUGAAAAUUCUCUCGUUUACUACUAGUCUGGCCAGUGGGCGAUUUAGUGUUAAUGCGGUGGGAAAUGUUAUGACUAUUUUAAAUUUUGGACAGCAGGAUCUUUUAGAGACGAUAUCGUGCGGGGUAGCUUAUAAUGAGUUUGAUAAGCCGUUCACAGUAACCGUUGAAAUAAAAGGCAUUUUACCAGAGAGCCCAACGAAAGGACCUGAUCCAGGAGACCAUGAUGACAGUCCAAACAAGGAAGACACACCCACCCUAACUAUCGUUCUUGUUGUUCUCGGUAUCAUCGUUGUAAUUUUGGUGAUUACUGCAUUGAUCUGGUACAAUCGUAAACGGAUUAUGUCCAACAAUACAGAUACCGGUGUUCCUUAACCAAAUAUUCUACGGAAAAUGAAACAGAACAAACAAUAUAAUACAGUAGCCUUAUUUAACGUGCUUGCUUAAUAUCCGAUUAUUAUGCAAACGUGUUUAUCUAAAAUUAUAUAUUUUGUAGAUGGUUAGGCCUAUUGCUCAAAGUUGUCAUAAAGUUUUAAUUUGUAUAUCAAUACAGUUCGCCCUCCAAUUCGAGACCACCUUCGGGACCUGAAAAUUUAGGGUGGUCUCGGGGUUGGUCUCCAAUUAGAGGGCUAGCUUUGUGUUAAAAGGUUGAAGAUUGUUAUUUGGGGUCUUUGGAAAAAUGAUCUCAAAUUAGAGGGGUCUCGAAAUUAGAGGGGUCUCGAAUUAGAGGGUGCACUGUACAUGUUAUUUUGUUAAGUACUCUACGUAAAUGGAAACAAUUUUAACUUUAAAUGGAUAGCCUACAACACAGGUUAAUACAUUAAAACUUGCUGUAUUAAGUAGUUUUUUUUUUCGAUCGGGCUUUUUAAGUUGACAAUUAGAAUAUUGUAAGUCUCUAUUGCCAUUUUCUGUGUAGAGGUCUGGU